AUGGGAGAUGUUAUUCAAGAAACUGCUUCGGGAGUAGGUGACGCUCAAGGGAGAGUUGUGAAUCAGGACAUUUCGCAGGCCAGCGUAUCUGGCGUUGUGGAUGCGGAUCAAGUCAUCGUAGAUGGAUAUUGUGUUUGUAGCAGCAAACCGACGGUUUUUUUGUGGCCAGCUUUCAAGAGCAACUCAUGGAGGAUUCGCCUUAAGCGAGUUCAUGAUAGUCUAUCCAAAAGCAGUGCAAAGGAAAAAGACGAGCCCACUACUUCCUCAAUAUCUGAUCAGAAAAGGUACUCUUAUGCCUAUUCAUGCCGGCUUCGGUGCACUAGUCCUGAAGUCUUGCCAAAAAUUGACUCUCAGAAUCUUCUAGAAAUUGCUGGAAGUACAGCACAAGCAUUCAAGGAUGUUUGUGUUGCAAUCAAAAAACGUGAAGAAGCUAGGAAUUCAUCGAAAAAAGUGCGAAAAUCUUUAGCGACAACGACAGAACCUAUCUCAGAAAAACAAGGCACUGGUAAGAAAAGAUCUAAAGAAGUGGAGGAAACGCCGAAGUCGAAAGAGAAAUCUCGGCACAAAGACCGUGAUAGUCAAAUUGAGACAAAGGAAAAGACUCGAAGAAAAAGUAAGGAUGCUCCUGAGCCACAAAAGAAAAAGUCAAGGAAGGAUAAGAAGGAAAGAUCGUCUUCACAAGAGAGAAAGGAUGUGAACGGAAGCAAAUUCAACCUGACCACGUUAUCCGAGGGAACGCCUUCGCCUUCUGAGGAAGGGCUGUCCGCUUUACCAGAAAAGGAGGAAACCGCUGAAAAGAUGAGAAAAGAUACACCUCCGUCUAUUUUGCAAACAGAGCAGUCAUCUUCAGUUGAUAUAAAGGGAUGGUCAAAAGAAAAAAUAAUAGAGUUUUUCGAUCUGAAAGAAUUUACAAUCGAUAUAUCGGACUUCCCUCACCAUGAACUCCAACCGUCGACAAGUUCUCAGGGUAGUGGUGAGAAUUUCGAAGAAGCAACAAAGUCUGAAGAGAAACUACCCGACACCGUAAAGUCUAAUACAGCAGAGUCAGAUCCUGCACCGGACAAGGAUAAAAAUAAGGAGAAUGUAGAGCUCAAAGAAGAAGAAAAUAGCAAGCGAAAACGGAAACGUUCUGCAUCCAUGUCGUCUUCCUGCUCGAGCGCGUCCUCGUCGCGACAUCCUUCAUCUGAUGAAUCAGAUAAUGACAGGAAUACGCAAGCAAAGAGUGCUGCUAAGAAAAAACCACAUAGCGAAAGACCCUGCGUUGAAUGCGGUCGCUGGCUUGAUGAUUGCGUAAAGGACUGGAGAGAAACUUUGGGACAAUCAUCAGUUUGGUGUUCACGAGAAUGUAUUGAGAGAAGGGUUGCAAGAGCCCAUGAGGUGCUGCCGGAAGGCUAUGGUGCACUGACUUUAUUACGAGGUGAUGGACAACUUUUAACAACAGGACCAACAUUAGUUAAUCUAGCGGAAUUUAUUUACAAAUACCCGGAAUAUGAACCGGUUCUACCGGUUGCGAAGAAAAAAUCUCCGGCGAAGAAUGAGCAGACACGCGAUACAAAGAAGUCGAAUCCGAAAUUGUUAUCAAAAGAUUCCGACAGGAUACGGUUUAAUGUAAGGAGAGCAUUUUCGGAUGCGCUGGUGAAAAGAGCUAAAAUGGACAAGGUAAAAUCUGCCAUGAAGUUGUGUAAGGAUAUCGCCGAAAAUGUGGAGGCUGCUCUAUUCAAAAAUUGCGAAUCAAAUUUGAAUUCGCCGAAGUAUAAAAGCUGGACGAAGGCAUUCAUAGAAAACGUGGCUGAUUGUCGCAAUAAGAGCUUCUACUACCGCGUAUUGAUGGGUAUGAUCUCAGUACAUAAGGUAGUGACAUUAGAAGCAGAUGACAUGAAAAAACCAGAAUAUUCCGCGCCGUUAGAUGAUGAAGGAAAAAAUGUAGCAACUGCUAGUGCUAAGGUUGAGGAUGUUACUCCAUUGUCAUCUCUAACAAAUGAUCCUAAAGUAGAGGAGAGUGGACAAGAUGUGAAGGAGAUUCCAGCCAAAAUCGAUAAUGAUAGUGUAACGUCCGCAUCUCUAAGCGAGCCGAACCUGUCAAGGAAAACACCUACAAAGAAAGAGCAAUCCGUAAAGCUAGUAUCAUCUUCCCAGAAAAAAUCCGAUAUUAGGCCAAUGAAACGACCCACGAGGCGCUCGGAUUCUCAAAAAUCUGCACAAGUUUCGGCUCUAGAUGCGAUUCUCGGUGACGGAGCCAAAGAUACAACCGAACAGCAUUUGAGCCACUUCUACGAUGUAAACUGUAGUAUUUGUUUGGCAAAACAAAAGUCUCAAGCAGAAGCUGAAAGAAAAGAAAGGGAGGAGAAGGAAAAACAACGGGAGGAAGAUAGAAGGUUCAGAGAGAUGCUUCCUCCGGAGAGGCGAUAUGGCUCUUCACUAAGAGAACAACGAGCUAUUGAUGACCUCAACACUUCCGAGCGACUAAGUUAUGAUGAGUUCAAACGAGUACAAACUCCGGAAAGUACUGGUGCUGCAUGCGCGUCGGACGAUGAGUACGCUGGUUCGUACGGUGCUGGUGACAAUGAAUCGCCCAUAUUUGGCGACACCUCGAUCCCAUUGUUAGAACCCCGGCGGACUAUGGAGGAGUGGAGGGAGUGCAGAGAACCUGGCUUUGUAGAACCAAUAUGGAGCGGCCCAAGCACUACUGUAUGGAAUGGAAAAAUUUCAAUAAAUAAUAGUAUGGUAAUGACAUCAUUGUGUCUAGUCUCCAAUCCUAUAGCCUACAGGACCGCACCAGAGCUGCCACAUGUUCUUCGAAUCAAAGGGAGAAUUGGCCCUGUGAUUGUUUUCGACUAUGUCCAUGGUAUAGUAAAAAAUCGCGAGCACCACGUUUGCGUUCUGCGGCUGACUACACCAGUUGAUUACGAGGAUGAACAGCGCUUUUUCUCGCUUUAUGAAGAUAUGAUCAGAAAAGGGCGAUAUUUCGCCAUUGACGUACCGGCAGAUUCAUGCUUCAAGGACAUGUAUCUAAUGCCGUUACCUCCUGGUGAGGAACCACCAGCGAUUCUUCUUCCAUUUGAUGGACCAGGAAUUCCUUCUAGGCAUCCUCCAAUGAUUAUUUGUGUGAUGGUUGUCUAUGGAUCUGGUAGACCGUGGUGUCCUGACUUUCAGAACUCUCUCCUAAGAGAUGUGGUGCCGGGACGAAGUCCUAAAGAUCCUCCAGUUAGCGUCGAUUCAGUACCAUCUCGCCCACGUUCCUCUACUCCAGGAUCCCCUGAUGAACGAACUAGACCGGUUUCUACAGUUUCGCAAGAGGUUCAAGUUAGUCCCGAUAGAAUUGACGAAGAAGUUCCUAAGUCUGCGGAAAAAGUGCACGAACCCGAAAAUAUACCGCACGACACUGUAUCCACCUCAGCGGCAGAUGCUAAUGCUCCUCAAUCUGAACUGCAAAGUCAGUCCGUUGUGACUACACCAUCAGAUUCACCUCAAAUGGAUUUUGCUCCUGUGUGUGAGGCAGACAGCUUGUUACCGUCGAAGUUCUUUGUAAUGUGCAAGGAAGCCGCUAAGGAGCCGGUAAAGGUUCCUGAUGCUGAAGAAAUCGAUAGUCUCCCAGAUUUGUUGGUUUACAUUCAGCUUAACAACAAUCCUAGGGAAAUUAAAGAAGUAGUGGCUCGGUUCAUGAUGAAUCCCACAUUGUCUGAUGAGGACAGGGAAUUAAUACGAAAGAAAGUAAUGGAAAAAAUAUCGUCCGAGAAGAAGAAGAAGGCGGAAAACAAAAAACCUCGAGAUCCAUCUCAAGAUAGCACUCUGCCGGAAGAAGAGCAGAAGCAAGAUAAUGCCAGUAAACCAAAAAGUGAUGAAAGUCAAGAAUCCUUAGACAUUGAUAGCAUCGAUAUUGAUUCGUUAAAUCAAUUAUCCAGUUUUGUUGGAGAAGGCGCAAAAGAUCUUUUGAUGCAGGUGGGAGAUGAACCUGAACCAACUACUGGCCAAUCACCGCCACCUCCACCCCCUCCUCCACCUGCUCCUCCACCUGCCCCUCCAUUUGAGGAAUUACAAGGACAACAAAAACUGACAAAAUCAUCACAGAAGAUGAACGAAAACCGAGAGAACGCUCUAUCAUGUAGUGAAAUGCUGCCUGGUCCACCUCCAGUGCCGCCUGUGUAUGGUGAUAACGACUCCUCUGAAAGUGAAACACCACCAGAUCACAAAAACAAAAGUGUGGUGGAGUCUCCAAAUUUGCCACUCCCUCCUCCUUUUCCUCAUCUGGGUGUAGUUCCAUUGCCUCCACCGCCUCCAACUGUUUCAAGCCGUACGGAUAUUGCCGUACCUCCACCACCACCACCUCCACCAUGUGUUUCUGAUGAUAAAAAUGGUUCCACUGAUCGGCCAUCGACUUCUACUGCACAGGCUUUCAUUGCUCCUCCUCCACCACCUCCAGUACUUACUGCACCGCAAAGUGCUCCUGCUGCAGUUUCGUCUCAAUUAGGACCACAAAUGCCUUUCCCACCACCUCCAGGAGUAUUUCCUCCCAUUCCAAUGCCACCUAUACCCAACAUGAUGCCAGGAUUCCAUCCACCGUUCAUGGGCAGGCCUCCUCCCGUAGUUCCUGGUAUUGCCCCGGGCAUGCCAGGAACGCCGAGACACCCCUACCCGGUACAGUCAGGCAUGGGGCCACCACCACCAUCUACUAUGCGAGCACCAGGAUUUAUACCACAGCCACAAGGGCCUGGAUUUCCUCGAGAUAAUAGAGAGUUCUUCGCAGGUCCUUCACCUAACCGUCCCGGAUUUGUGCAUGGUCCACCACCAGGAUUUUUACCGACUCCACAAGCCCCGGGAAUGGAUAUUCCUCAAAACCAGCCCAGCGCUAUUGCCGGAACAUUACCAACAAAUCAUGGAGCAGCAGGAUUUCAUGGUGGUUCUCACAUGAGCCAAGAACGUAACACUUUUUCUGAACUUGCACCUCUUCCUAGCCAGAUAGCAACAGCUCAGAUCACUCCGAAAAGAGUUCCGCCAUCUGGGAUUGUCCCGAGUCUAGGUCGUGCUCUAACAGAGAAAGAUUUGAUUCCACGAACACCUACCCCACCUUCUCCUUCUUCCAAAAGUGUUCCGAUCGGCAGAAAUGGACCGCGAACCCCGAGCCCAGAUUUUCUGAAGAAGCGCAGUCACGAGGAAGCGCUUGCACGGCUGAAGGAAGAUAUUGCCGCACAUCGAAAAGAGGUUGAACUUCGAAUGAGGGAUGAACCUGACGGGAGGAAGUUGCAGAAUGAGAUGGUGAAUGAUUCUUCACUGUCGUGGCAGCAAGAAGCUGGAAACAAAAAUGCAGUUUCUGCGCACGAACCAACGUCAUCCAGAGGUAACACUAGUGAUAGUGAUGCUAUGGAAGUGGACGCUGGCGAAUCAGAGGGAGAAAAUGAUCAUGAUGAAGGAUUGAGAGGAUGGAACACACGGCAAUUUUCUGGUAGGGGAACUGCUGGACCUGGAGAGCGUGGAAGACGAUAUGAAGCCCCCCAAGGACGUCGCGGAUUACCACCAACACCACGUUCACGUGGCCCAUUUGGAGCGACUCCGCGAGGUAGGCCUCCACAACAAGCAGGACGAGGUGGCUUUAUGACUCCUCAACCAUCGGCACCUCCACAGUUCAACCGCGGCAGGUUCUUUUCACCCCAGAUGCGCGAUUUUCGAGGUGCGCCCAAUCUUAGACGUGGUUUAACGUUUGACAACCGUGGUGGUGGCAGUCCCGCAUUUAUGCGCGGUGGAUUUCCACCGCGAAUGCCACCUUCCUUCGGUCGGGGGGAAUUUUAUGGAUCUCAUGGUAUGCAUCGAGGUGGUCCUCCACCGCGAGGUAUGCCACAAAAUCGUCCUCGUGACAUGUUUUGA